AUGGAUAGCUCUGGACGCCAUCACAUCCCAAGUGGUGUUCGACGAGGCACUGGCGCCACGCCUGAUGUUCAUUUCUCUGGUGUGGUCACGGUCGUGCUGGAAGUUUUCUUGCUCUUGGAGAAUUUGUUACCGCUGGCCGUGGCACUAUGGUGGAAAAGACCAAUCGAACGAUUAGUGACAGACAAAUUGAUAGCCGCCAUUAGUCUCACCUAUAUUCUUUCAGCAUUGAUUCCAACUCCCCUCGGUUUGGUGUCUUUCUUCCACGGUAGUUGGUAUGGUGGUAAAGCCACGUGCGAGUGCUUUCAGGUCACGACUACGUGGUGCAGUUUAUCCACAAUGGCCGUCGUGACCUAUAUGUGUGUAGAACGUCACAAUUUCUUGUGCCCUUGUUUUGGUUGGCGAUCCGGAAGCGACAGUAAAGACAGUGCCGGUGUAAUUUUAUUUUCAUUAUAUACAUUAACUCUGUCUGUGGCUACACUUCCGGUGAUUGGAUACGGACCGGAAGUGAUGAAAGCCAAUACAAGUUGUGAAUCAUGGAUUGUGUCAACCCCCUCGCCUGGUAGAAGGCAAGUUUACUUCAUUGCCUUUCUGAGUUUUGUGUAUUCUAAUAUCGCCGUGACCCUGGUGUGCUGUACUUUUAUUUCUAUAGUUGUACAUUACCCUAGACUCGGACAAAAACUAGGUAGUCAGGAUCCUCCAGUUCGUAAUACAGAAUUUCAACUAUUAGAUGAACAACACCGACAUUUCAAUGGAAGUCAUACAAAAACAGUUCUAGUUUUAGUCAUUCUGAAUCAAUCAACGUGGAUUCCAGCUGCAAUUAUGAUCACCAUUCAAAAGUUUGAUGUAAAAGUGAGUGAAGCCGCUUUAAUGUACGCCUUAUUAGCUACGUCACUUCCGGGUUUGUUAAAUCCUGUAUUAUAUGGUUUGUUACUAGAGAGCUAUAGAGAAGGGUAUAAGAAGUUACUGUUGAGAUUCGUGUGUUGUUGUAUGAAACAAACAAACCUAGGACAGGAAUUACAGGCUGUUACACCUAAAAUCAAAUCAUCAGCCAAAAGACAUCAUCAUCAAAACCAUCAUCACCAUCAUCAUCAUCAUCAUCGACAUCAGGAGGAAUCAUUCGCAACAAGUGCUUCAAAUCCAAUUUGCGAAAAUGACGAUGACUCUUUAGUGCUUGAAAUUCAUCAAAACGAGGAACAAACGAUGCCAAAGUUACAAAUUAGAACAAUUGAACACCAAGGACCCUUGGCAGUCGACGAUGAUAUUUCUAUAGAAACUGCUGAUAAAGAUACUGUCCCACCAUCAGAGACAUUUAUCAGUUCAUCAUGUAGCAGUAGCGAGGAAUAUCUAUUGGAUUCCGAAGAUGAUUCCGAUGAAUAUUGCGAAGAUGAAAGUGUUAUUUAA